UCCGCUACAGGCGAUACCACAGUGGACGAGUCAACUUUUCAGGAGGAACACGACUCUGGCGACCAGGACAAUAGCACCUCAGCUGACGAGACCGAGCAAGAAGCUGUACGACAGCGGAAGACUGUGUUUGGACACGUAACCGACUUGGAAACGCGCGGGCAGACUCAGCUUUCCGGAGACAGCAAUACGGUUGCUCUUAAAUGUCUGACGGAACUAGAUAACCGGAUGCGGUCUAUUGAGCGCUCAUCGCAUGACCAAGCCACCUGGAAUGAAACCAUUCGCAACGAUCUGACCGACGUUUUUGGUCGAUUGGCGAUCGUCGAAACUGAGAUCCAGAAGGUGACUAGGCAGGGUCCAAGCAAAACUACAGAGGUCCAGAAGAUCGGGCGAUCCCUGCGUCGGCAGCAGUGA